GUUGCCGCCAUAAUGGCUCAUAAAGUGUGCAACCGUUUUUUGUGGAAUUAUUUUGGAGCCAUUUAAUCGAGCUGUGAGAAGAGUAUGUGUGCAAUUGUCAUUCCUUCUAGGAUCCUGGCCAUAAGAAGAGUAUGCUGAUUGGUAGUUAUGGAAUGGGGUUUCCUGGGGUUUUAAGGGUUAUUUUUUGUGUGCAUCUAAGCCUGGAAGAAAAAUUGCUCCAGCUUGUCCUCAAUUUCGUUAAAGUGUUUCUCUGUUUUUUUUGGUUCUUAUAUUCCUUUGUCUGUGUCGAAAUUUUGUAUCAACUUCCUCUUCUAAUAUCAUCUUGGUCUAUUUCUGUUCAUCUUUUUGUUUUUUUUUUUUUCUCGUUCUUGGUCUCAUUCCAAAACAGAGUUUUAUGGCUGGUAUUCAUCUGCAUUGCGUUUUUCGGAGUCAUAUCGCUUAGCCACAGGACAUGGGAACGUUUUCAGACAUCACCGAUGGUUAUGUCAAUGGAUCGCAAUAAGCUUGUUUGGAAUACAAGUUUUCCCAGUCUUACUGUAUGUCCUCAUAAAAGGCUCGACGAAAAUAAGAUUGAUGAUUAUAUACAAAAUAAUAAGGAAAACUUUCCCAACGCAGAGGACAAAGAGGAUUUCCGUGUUUUUAUCGAUAAGCUUGCCAGUCUUUCGUAUGAUAAUAUUGAAAGUUUGCCGAUGAAUAAAACUUUUGGUAUUGCCAGUGAUAAAUAUCUGGACACCCUGUUCGAGUUGAAAUGGAACUUUGAGCCGGAGCUGAGCAGUGGAACCACUGUCAAGAUGAACAUAUACCAAACGAUAACGGAGCUGGGCAUCUGCCAUUCUGUGAACACCCUUGUUGGCCAGUAUAAUUCUUAUGAAUACUGGACCAGCAAUGAUUGGGGAUUACUGGACCAUAGCGAGAGAGUGACAGUGCAUCCAUUGGACGGAGAGAUCUAUGCACAGAUUAUAAACUUAUCAACAGGAUACGAUGUGUAUUUCCAUAGUGCCGGAGAUAUCCCAAACAUCUCGAAACAGAAGUACACAUUCCCCGAGACUGAUUAUACAACUGUGGAACUGAUUGCUUUGGAAACUUUCACAACGCCCCGGGCAAAGGAAUUAAAGGUAAAUCAAAGGAAAUGUCGGUUUUCCAAUGAAGCUGACGAAAUGAUGACCGUACCAAUUUAUAGCUAUGGAUUGUGCCUAACCGAGUGUAGAAUGAAGUUGGCAUUGAGGGUGUGCAAAUGUGUGCCCCAUUUCUAUCGCAGGAGAGUCAAGAGCGGAAGGAUUUUUCCUGUUUGUGAUUUCAUGGGGCUUUCAUGUUUGGCUCGAAUAAAAAAGGAGAUAAUCUCUCUAAAAUCUGACAUUUUAAAUAUCGACUGCAAGUGUUUGGCGAAUUGUGAUGAUUCAAACUUUUUCGUACAAUCAAAUAGAUCCAGAGUUUGGUUCCUUGGUGCAAAUUUGCAAUGGGGCAUCAUUGAUUAUCCGAAAAUGCAAUUACGAAGGGAUGUGCUAUUUUCAUUUGCCGAUGUGUUGGUUUAUAUUGGAGGAUUGGCUGGAUUCUUUUUGGGAUGCAGUAUUUUAACAUUUACUGAAAUUAUAUACUUUUUUACAGCACGUUUUUUCAGGAGACUUUUUUUUUCGUACAAUGGCAAAGGUUUGCAGCAAUGUGAAUUGAUUGUUUGGAAUGAAUGUACGAUGGCACAUGCAAAGUCUUUGGAUUCUUUAGACAGAACCUUAAAAGAUCUACGAAGCAAUGAUGACAGAUUUGGUGAUGCAAUAAUUUUAUUAGCAGUAGAUAUUUUUCGAACAUUUACAGUGAUUUCACGAUCAACUCCAGCUGAUAAAAUCAAUCUAACUACGUCUACGUCCUCCCAUUUGUGGAAACAUGUCAAAGUGCUUCAUUUAAGCAAGAAUACGCGUGUCGAGUUUCAAAUGACCAAUCUGGAAACAUAUUCUCUAAACAACUCAUUGACAUUGGUAAUGAACAAAUUACAGUCGACUAUACAUAUCAAUAAAUCAAUUGAUCCGGCUACUAAUUUAGAUGAUGUAGUCAACUAUACCCCUGAUAAUCUUCAACUAAAGGAUGAUUCAAUAGUUUUAAUGUUGCGAAAUAUCAACCAACCACGUCUUUGCAAUUGUACAUGGUUAGCGAUAAAGAAAAUGAUUAAGCAAUAUGAUAAACUCAAAGGAAAGUAUAAAGGAGAAGAUGUUCUCAUACCGCGCAUCCCAAUGAUUCCGACUGAUGUGCCAUUUGAGCUUAAACGACUACAGUUUCCAGUGGGUCUUGCUUUUGCUAUGACCAUAAACAAGUCCCAGGGGCAAUAA